ACCAAAGGCAAGAGCACAACAAUAAAAAACAAAGAAAACCAUUGAAACAAAAAAAAAAACAUAAUCAGAAAACAAAAGCAAAGAAUCUAAGAAACAAGAAUGGAAGCAAUAGCAGAAGGACUAUGGGGAUUAGCAGACCAUCACGAAAACCGAGGAGAAAUAGCAAAGGCAGUAAAAUGUCUAGAAGCAAUCUGUCAAAGCGAAGUUUCCUUCUUCCCAAUCGUUGAAGUCAAAACUCGUCUUCGUAUCGCCACAAUCCUUCUUCAUCAUUCUCAUAACGCUAAUCACGCUAAAUCUCACCUCGAACGUUGUCAAUUGUUGUUGAAGGCUAUACCGUCUUGUUUUGAGUUGAAAUGUAGAGCUUAUAGUUUGUCGAGUCAGUGUUAUCAUCUUGUUGGAGCUAUUCAACCUCAGAAACAGGUUUUGUUUAAGGGUCUUGAUCUUGCUGCUGCUUCUGCUGGAAAUGGAAAUAAUGAGAUUUCAACAAAGUUGUGGUCUUGCAACUUCAACUCACAGCUUGCAAAUGCUUUGUCAAUUGAAGGAGACUACCGGGGUUCAAUCUCCGCCUUAGAAUGUGGAUAUGCCUGUGCUACUGAAGUACGCUACCCAGAGUUGCAGAUGUUCUUUGCCACUUCAUUAUUGCAUGCCCACCUCAUGCAAUGGGAUGAUGAUAAUUUGGUUGAGCAAGCUGUUAAUAAAUGCAAUGAGAUUUGGGAGUCAAUUCAGCCAGAUAAAAGACAGCAAUGCCCUGGCUUGCUCUUUUAUAAUGAAUUACUGCACAUAUUCUAUCGUACGCGGGUAUGUGAUUACAAGAAUGCUGCACCCCAUGUUGACAAUCUGGAUGCUGCUGUGAGGGCUGAAAAGAGGCAAACACAACAUAUGCAAGAGCUAGUGAAGGAGCUCAGUGUUUUAGAUCAAAGUCUUUCCAGGUCUGAUCUUCACUACAGGGAAAGGGCAGCGUUGUCUGAAAAGCAAGCAAUGAUUCAAGAACAGCUGAGAAACAUGAAUGGGUUCAGUUCAAUUGGGAGGGACUCUCUUGAACCAGUAUAUUUUGGGAAUGGCAGAAGGACACUAGGAGAUAAGCUUCAGUUAGCACCACCUCCUAUUGAUGGGGAAUGGCUUCCUAAAAGUGCUAUCUAUGCACUAGUUGAUCUGAUAACUGUUGUAUUUGGGCGCCCAAAAGGACUUUUUAAGGAGUGUGGAAAGCGCAUACAGUCGGGGAUGCGUAUAAUUCAAGAUGAGUUAUUGAAGCUUGGAAUUACUGAUGGUGUCAGAGAAGUGGACUUGCAACACUCUUCUAUCUAUAUGGCUGGAGUAUACUUAAUGCUUCUAAUUCAGUUUCUUGAAAACAAAGUGGCCAUAGAGCUCACACGAGCAGAAUACGCUGAAGCGCAGCAGGCUUUGGUACAGAUGAAAAAUUGGUUCAUGCGGUUUCCGACUAUAUUACAGCCAUGUGAAUGCAUCAUUGAGAUGCUUAGAGGCCAAUAUGCUCAUUCUGUUGGCUGUUAUAACGAAGCAGUCUUUCAUUACAUUGAAGCAGUCAAGCUCACGGACAGCAAAUCAAUGCAAGCUAUGUGCCAAGUUUAUGCAGCUGUUUCUUAUAUCUGCAUUGGUGAUGCUCAAUCUAAUUCACAGGCACUUGAUUUGAUUGGGCCAGUUUAUGAAGUAAUGGAUUCUUUUGUAGGAGUUAGAGAGAAAACAGGUGUUCUUUUUGCUUAUGGUCUUUUAUUGAUGAAGCAGCAGGAUCUACAAGAAGCAAGAAUUCGCUUGGCGAAGGGAUUGCAGCUGACACAUACUUAUUUGGGGAACCUUCAACUUAUUUCCCAAUAUUUAACAACCCUUGGCAGUUUGGCCAUUGUAUUGCGUGACACUGUACAAGCCAGGGAGAUUUUGAGAUCGUCUUUGACCUUGGCAAAGAAGCUUUGUGAUGUUCCUUCUCAAAUCUGGGUGCUGACUGUUUUGACAGCUUUAUAUAAAGAAUUAGGAGAAAGAGGAAACGAAAUGGACAAUGCUGAUUAUCAGACAAAAAAAUCUGAAGACCUGCAUAAGAGGCUGGCUGAUGCACAAGCGUCCAUUUAUCAUAUUGAAAUAAUUGAGAGAGUAAGAUUUGAAGUUCCACAAUUACAUGAGUUGGAAAUCAAGCGUGCAAUGGCAGGCCCAAGCAUGGGAGUUAAUAAUCUUGAUAUUCCAGAAUCUAUUGGCCUUCCAGCACAAGCACCCGUUCCAUCAUCAAUGCUAGUUGAUAUAGAUGGUAGUGGUAGAAGACAUGGAAAAUGGAGAAUUUAGUGUUUUCCUCAUGAAAGUGAAUCCGGUAUAUUAUUGUGAAUUAAUUAUUAUAGGUAAUUGCUCUAAGGUGCUAGCAGGUUGAAGAGUUUCACCAGAAAGGUUUCCAUCUUACCUCAAGGCUGUCUGUCAAGUAUGACUCAUUGUUUGAGAUCCUGUACAGUUAAUUUAGUAUGUACUCAUCAAGUUACAUGAGCAGGAUAGAUGGUAGAACUCACUGGUUGACAUGUUAACAUUAUAAUAGGGUUUUUGUUCUAUCAAAAGAGAAAAUAGUGGAGUAGGUUUUCCAAGGUUGUUAAGUUAGAAUUUCUUGUGUUCGAUUCAGCUAUUUAUAACACUUUUUUAGUUCACAGAUGCAAGAGUGUUAAAGAAGUAGAAUUUUAUGUAUAGCACAUUUGGAUGAAACGUGACAAAAUUAAAUAUUUAUGACACAGAAUUUCAUUUGCACUA